GGGCCGAAACCUCAAUUUUUUUAUAUUAUCAUUAGACGUCGCUGGGCUAGGCCGAACACUCGAGAAAGAUCGCCCCAUUCACAUGCCUUUAUCAAUUUUCUGGAAGACUCUUCUCUGUACCAGAUAGAUACUUCUCCAUCCUCCUCAUCAACCAUCAACCAAACUUACCAGUGAAUACCAGAAGAAUCGAAGGCGCCAUUACUUUCCUAUAAAUACCUCCCUCAUCAAGCCCUGCAAAAACGCAAGAAAGCAAACAAUCACAGCGAAGCUCACUAACGUGCAACCUUUGAUCUCUUUCUUUCAUUUUCAACACCAUGUCUCUCAUUCCGAGCCGCUUCUUUGGCCGAAGGACCAACAUCUUCGACCCAUUCUCGCUGGACAUCUGGGACCCAUUCCAGGACUUUCCGUUUGGCUCUGAGUUCGCAGCUGAAACGGCGGCGUUCGCCAACACCCGCAUUGACUGGAAGGAGACCCCAGAAGCUCACGUUUUCAAGGCGGACCUUCCUGGGCUGAAAAAAGAGGAGGUGAAGGUGGAGAUAGAGGAGGGUCGGGUGCUGCAGAUAAGCGGGGAGAGGAGGAAAGAGGAGGAGAAGAAGGAGGAGACGUGGCACCGGAUUGAGAGGAGCAGCGGCAAGUUCUUGAGGCGGUUCAGGCUGCCUGAGAAUGCGAGGGUUGACCAGGUCAACGCCAGCAUGGAGAAUGGGGUGCUUACUGUGACCGUGCCCACGGUGGAGGUGAAGCAGCCUCUUGUUAAGACCGUUGAGAUCUCUGGCUGAAUGCUCAACGACUCUUCAUCUAUGUAUGUCGAGCGAGUCAUGUUAUGUUAUGUAUGUGCAAAUAAAUGACUUCAUGUCAUGUGCAUCAAGCCAUGAAGAAGGAGUUGGAGUGUU